AUGGCGGACAAGAUGGCGGACAAGCCUCCGGCGGCUGAAGAAGAUGGAGGGCUGCUGAUGGAGUUCUUCGUGAGCAUGGUGACGCCGGGCAUGGUGGGACCCCGCCUCGAGCGACUUCUGUUCGGGUGCCUGGGCGCCCUCGCUCUCGUGCUGGUCCUCGUCUGGUGGCGCGCCGGCCCCGACGUGGCACCCCACGCCCUCGCCCUCCUCGCCCUCACCGCCCUCCUCUCCGCCUCCCUCUUCUGGGUGCUGGGCGAGCUGCGGGUCGCGAAGGAGCAACAGAGCGCGAAGCAGCAGCAGCAGGGCGGCAAGACGAAGAAGAAGAAGAAGGUCACCAAGAAGGAGAACAACGCCACCAACGCCGUCGCCGCUGGCAAGCAGCUGAAGGCCACCACCAACGACAAGAAUAAGAAGAAGAACAAGAAGAAGAAGAGCAAAGCCAACUGA